AUGCCUGUCAAGUCCGGAAUUAGAGAUUAUGUUCUAUUGCCAGGCAAUGUGCUUAAUCCUGAUCAACAUUGCUUGCGUUUCCCGGUUUCAAUUAGUCCAAUUGAAAAGGUACCCAACAAAGAUCCUCACUUAGCUUGGCUUUAUGGAUCAACCAUUAAGCGAAGGGAGACUGGAUAUGGCGAAUCAGUCGGUGAUGGAUUACCCGACAAAGCAAACUGUGAUUCAGCACCUGCCGCUCAUAACUCUUGUGACAUUAACCAGAAAGAUGCGAAAAACAAGGCCUACAAUAUUGCACAAAUGGCCGCCCAGGAUGCAAAAGCAGCUAAUGAUGCCCAGGUCGCUGCCGCCGAGGCUGCCUCACUCCAAGUCAAAAUGGAACUUGCCAAUAAGGCCGUUCGAGAGGCUAGAGCGGCGGAGGCUGCUUUAGCAGGCAAAGAGCAGAUCAUGGGACAACUGGAGCAGGAGCAAAGGGAGGCUCAGGCAGUGGUGGCCGAGGUUGUUAACUCACUCCAAAAUACCCAGGCAAACGUAGAUGCCGCCAUGAUAGCAGUUAUCGAUGGAAAAACCGAGCUAAAAAAGCUUAAAGAGGUGGUAAAUGAAGCCACCGCUCAGCUGGGUAAUAUCGAAACUUUUGCAACUGGUUCCCAGUUGGAGUUGGAAGAGAAAUCUCACCUGUUGGAGGCGGCCAAGCAUAGGCUGGAAGGCCUCGGAAGGCAAGUGUGUUCCCCUAGACAGAACUACGACAAAACCAAGAAGGCGGCCAAUAAGGUAGCCUGUGCAGCAGUGGAGGCCAAGCAAAAGGCUUAAAGACUACAACGUGAAAUCGGUUCUAAAACACCUAAGAGCUAG